AUGGAGGUACCCGCUUCCUCGGCUGCUGUGAACGCUGUGUGGCUUCUCGUCGCCUGUUUCUUGGUGUUGCUGGAGGGAACCUUCACCACCAACGGCUUCUCGUCCGGAAUAUUCCAUGGCAUGGCCACCAUCCUGCAAGUGCAGUGUUCGGGCGAGACGCUGGACGCCGACGAGAACCUACUGUCGAUGGCGCUGUACACGCUGGCGGACGAGGUUGUCGUGGUGUCGGUGGACCUGUCCAGUCAGGAGUGCACCACCAGAGGCGCCUUCUCCGCCUGCAUCAUCGACAAACAGGAUUCGCGCAGGACCGCCAUCAGGACGCUGGUGCAGGACUUGCCUCAAGACGGGUCACGUGAAUACGGAUGUGACGUCACUAGUGUCAAACCUGGAGGUCGCACGCGGAUACAGACCUGGUCCUAUACACUUCACAACGAGAGUAUGUACAUGGCUUUUGUUGUUCAAUGUCUCAGAAACAAUGGUUCGGUGUGUCUCUGUUUUACUAUCACGUGAUCACAACGAAUGUAAUGUUUGCCAUCA